CUUUCAAAUGAUGUCAAGUUGUUCUACACAAUGUGCAAUGGAUUCCAGCUGAAGUGGAGCUAUAAAUUGAUCGAUACCUCCGUACCUGUAUCGGAUUGCAGAAUAAACUCAGUAGAAAAUUUGAAAAAACUCACAAUAUCAUCCAAAUACAACAACUGCUUUGAUCCGUCAGAAAUUUAUCUAUCUUGCAAUGAUCACAAAAACAGUUUAAAGUUCACAGAUCACAAAUUAUUUUUCGAACUAGAUUCUUGUGAAGGAUACUCAAAAGUCUGCCUGGUAUUCAAUAAACCAAACUAUAAAAUAAACAAUCAUUUCGAGCCACAAUGUUCAGUAUGGUUAGUUGAUAGGUCGCUGAGUCUACAUUAUUUAACCGACAGUUUUACAUCCUACAUGGCUUUGAUGAUGUCCCAUUGCGCUAUUAAGCAAUGGCAAUAUGCUUUCACUGAAAUUGGACUUCCUCCACAAACCAGGGUAUGGGAUGUUUUUAUCAGUUUGACUUUUGGCUUUUAUUUCAAAUAUUAA